ACAGCGUUUAAAACGUGAUUUGUUAAUUUGAUUUAAAAUUUUUUGAAUUAAAACUCGUGCUGUGUAAUCUCCCUAGAUGAGCUUUAAGCCCUUGGAGAAAGGAGAAAAUGCAGAGAAUAAAUAUGUUAAAAAAAAAAAAAAGAUUUGAAAUUUGUUUGGGUGGACUUGGUUGAUGUAGUCGUACUGUUUGUAAUUCAUCUAAAGUAUAUUUAGGAAAAAAACAUUCCUCGCUAUAGUCCAAUUUCAGUUACAGCAAAAAGUUGGAGACCCUAAUAAACUUCAACUCCUUGCUAAUAUCAAACAUAAGUCAUUAUUAAUUUACGUGAUUUUAUAUCUUUAUUAAUUCAGUACAUUUAGUUAAUUCGGUUAAUUCAUUUAGUUUCCUUAAACAAAAGAAGAAAAAACCCGGCUUUAUUUCGCUCAAGCCCAAUUUAACAGCAAGGGGAAUGAAAGCGUUAGAAAACUAGGAUUGCCUUAAAACGUUUAAGUGAUUUUUCAAUAAAAGAGUUCUCUAGAAGCCGGCGUCGUUUUGAAGUUUAAAAUGUUUGACUCUAGGGGUCCAUUUUUGAGAGGAUACUCUCCAAAUUAGACCUCAGUGCACAGUAGGAAUAAGGCUGUAAAUAAACUUGUCGCCUUCUGUCUCGAAGCGAUAAGUUCCGUCCAAGGACGCGUUGCUUUAGAGUCAAGUAGUGAGAAACUUGGCGAGAUCCUCGUAAUUUUUGUUCAAAGCUUUCUAAGACCAAGAAGACGAGUAGCACUUUGAUUACCAUUUUUAAGCCUUGCUUGUUUAAAUGACGAUGUCUACACGCAAAAACAUGUCUGGUUUGUUUAUGACUCAAAACGAAAACUCUUCCGUCAAUUUCACUACCAGUGUGCUCUGCUUUGGUGAGGGAUCUUUUCUAAAAGUACUUGCUUAUGUUAUCAUACUACUGGUAUCUCUGGCGGGAAACUCCAUGACUAUCGCAGUGGUCUUCAGAGGUCGGCUUCAUAGGAGUAAUGUCCACUUUUUUCUGCUCAACAUGGCCAUAGCGGACUUGGUUGUCACAGUGGUGUAUAUGCCAAGAAUGGUGGUGAUGAUGUUGUAUGGUAACUCGUGGCUUGUUACAGGAACAUUUGGCCUGAUUCUGUGCCGAACUGUACCAUUCCUACAUCACAUGUCCAUCCUCGUGUCUGUGUUUACUAUUCUUGGAGCAACUUUGGAUCGGUUUUUCGCGAUGGUCUUCCCAUUACGUAACAUUGUAACGAGAAGUAUCGGAAAAGCCAUGCUUGUUGUUAUUUGGCUCGCCUCGGCCAUCCUUCGCAGUCCGUAUGUCGUUACGCCGGUACUAAAAAACAUAGGUUCUGACAUAAUUUGCUCCAGCAAUCUACAGCAAUUCUUUGGAAGGCAUAUCGAGUUAUACUACUACUUUUUACUGGGUCUUUAUUGCUUUUCCUUCUUCCUGAUCAUGCUUCUUUAUUCCGUGUCUAUAUUGAAAUUAAGACGAAAAAAGGUAGUUUUCAACAACACAGCGCAGGCAAGACGGGAACAAGCAUCAAAAAAACUGCUGAACAUGUUGAUUGUAAUCCUAGUCUGUUUCAUAUUGUGUUGGUUUAUGUAUUUUUUUGCUUUGAGUAUCUUACCUCGGCCACUGUCUUGUGAAACGAGGUUUUUCCGCUUCUUCCUCGCACACAGCAACAGCGCGCUCAACCCAUGUAUUUUGGCUGUGUUUAAUCGUCGUUAUAGAAUAGGCUACAAGAGUUUCUUAAAACAAAUUAUUCCCUGCUUCAAAAACACUGGUAGAAUCGUAUUUUCUGUACAGUCCAAGAAGAAUACUUUAUCAGUUUGGAGUAACUACCAUAUCCAGAUGAAAGCAAUUUAAUAUUAUUUUAUUUUUUAUACUUAUAUAUGCUUUUGAAGAGCUUAGAUAACCUGUCCCUGUUUUUCAGGUUCAAAUUGAGCAACAGGUUUGAAGUGUCUAGAGAACCUAGAUAGAGGAAAAAAGAACUUUCGACUGUAGAAACAACAAAAAUACCUUAAGUAAAUAAUGUAUAUAUUUUAUUGAAAUCUAAGAACAAAAAAUCUAAUCGGAUUAAGAAAGAAAAAAAAAAAAAGA